CGCCUUUUCUGGAACGCUGAGCUGCUGAGCGGGCCGGCGGCCAUCUUGUGAAGCGGAGAAGAAGGAGGUGGCUGCUCUGGGCUCCGGGAAGCCGUUCGGGCUGGGGCUGCCGGCCGCGGGGCGGAGGCACUCGCGCGGGGGGUAACUCGGGUCUGGGUUCGGGUGCCGCGCAGCUCUCGCCGAUGAAAUAGGAAGAACUUCUGUCAGUAACGGUUGCGCAAAAGAGGUUUUUAGAUAUCCCUGCCUAAAACGCAGUGACUAUCUUCCAUUUCUCUGAUCUUCUGCCUGGCCAUCUAAAAGUUGGUUUUAAUUGGUUGCCCACAGGAUUGACUUGACCUCUACUUCUUGUUAAGAAAAUACAUCUCUUGUUUUAUCAGGUGUGUGUGGUUUCAGCGCAGCAUGGCUGUGGUCAUCCGUUUGCAAGGUCUCCCAAUUGUGGCGGGGACCAUGGACAUUCGCCACUUCUUCUCUGGAUUGACCAUUCCUGAUGGGGGCGUGCAUAUUGUAGGGGGUGAACUGGGUGAGGCUUUCAUCGUUUUUGCCACUGAUGAAGAUGCAAGGCUUGGUAUGAUGCGCACAGGUGGUACAAUUAAAGGGUCAAAAGUAACACUGUUGUUGAGUAGUAAAACGGAAAUGCAGAAUAUGAUUGAACUGAGUCGUAGGCGUUUUGAAACUGCCAACCUAGAUAUACCACCGGCAAAUGCUAGUAGAUCAGGACCGCCACCUAGCUCAGGAAUGAGUGGCAGGGUGAACUUGCCUACAACAGUACCCAACUUUAAUAAUCCUUCACCCAGUGUAGUUACUGCCACCACUUCUGUUCAUGAAAGCAGCAAAAACAUACAGACAUUUUCCACAGCCAGCAUAGGAACGGCUCCUCCAAAUAUGGGGGCUUCCUUUGGGAGCCCAACGUUUAGCUCAACUGUUCCGAGCACAGCCUCUCCAAUGAACACAGUCCCACCUCCACCAAUUCCUCCAAUCCCAGCGAUGCCAUCUUUGCCGCCAAUGCCGUCUAUUCCCCCAAUACCAGUUCCUCCUCCGGUACCUACAAUGCCUCCUGUGCCUCCUGUGCCCCCAAUCCCCCCAGUCCCUUCUGUGCCACCCAUGACCCCGCUGCCACCCAUGUCAGGCAUGCCACCUUUGAACCCGCCACCUGUGGCACCUCUACCUGCUGGAAUGAAUGGCUCUGGAGCGCCUGUGAAUCUGAACAAUAACCUGAACCCUGUGUUUCUGGGUCCAUUGAAUCCUGUUAAUCCUGUCCAGCUGAACUCGCAAAGCAGUGUGAAACCACUUCCCAUCAACCCUGAUGAUCUGUAUGUCAGUGUGCAUGGAAUGCCCUUUUCUGCAAUGGAAAAUGAUGUCCGAGAUUUUUUCCAUGGGCUCCGUGUUGAUGCGGUGCAUUUGUUGAAAGAUCAUGUAGGUCGAAAUAAUGGGAAUGGAUUGGUUAAGUUUCUCUCCCCUCAAGAUACAUUUGAAGCUUUGAAACGAAACAGAAUGCUGAUGAUUCAACGCUAUGUGGAAGUUAGUCCUGCCACAGAGAGACAGUGGGUAGCUGCUGGAGGCCAUAUCACUUUUAAGCAAAGUAUAGGACCUUCUGGACAAACCCAUCCCCCUCCUCAGCCACUUCCCAGGUCAAAAUCGCCCAGUGGGCAGAAAAGGUCAAGGUCAAGAUCACCACAUGAGGCUGGUUUUUGUGUUUACUUGAAAGGGCUGCCAUUUGAAGCAGAAAACAAACAUGUUAUUGAUUUUUUUAAAAAGUUGGAUAUUGUGGAAGAUAGUAUUUAUAUUGCUUAUGGACCCAAUGGGAAAGCAACGGGUGAAGGCUUCGUAGAGUUCAGGAAUGAGGCUGACUAUAAGGCUGCUCUGUGUCGUCAUAAACAAUACAUGGGUAAUCGCUUUAUUCAAGUUCAUCCAAUUACCAAGAAAGGUAUGCUAGAAAAGAUAGAUAUGAUUCGAAAAAGACUGCAAAACUUCAGCUAUGACCAGAGGGAAAUGAUGUUAAAUCCGGAGGGGGAUGUCACCUCUGCCAAAGUCUGUGCCCAUAUAACAAAUAUUCCCUUCAGCAUUACCAAGAUGGAUGUUCUUCAGUUCCUAGAAGGAAUCCCAGUGGAUGAAAAUGCUGUACAUGUUCUUGUUGAUAACAAUGGGCAAGGUCUAGGACAGGCAUUGGUUCAGUUUAAAAAUGAAGAUGAUGCACGUAAGUCUGAACGCUUACACCGUAAAAAACUUAAUGGGAGAGAAGCUUUUGUUCAUGUAGUUACUUUAGAAGAUAUGAGAGAGAUUGAGAAAAAUCCUCCUGCCCAAGGAAAAAAGGGGUUAAAGAUGUCUGUGCCAGGUAAUCCUGCAGUGCCAGGAAUUCCCAAUGUGGGAAUGCCCAAUGCGGGAUUGCCCAGUUCAGGAAUGCCCAGUGCGGGACUGCCUAAUGCGGGAAUGCCCAAUGCAGGAAUGCCUGCUGCGGGAAUGCCUGCUGCGGGAAUGCCCAAUGCAGGAAUUCCCAGUGCAGGCAUGCCUGCUGCGGGAAUGCCUGGUGUGGGAAUGCCUGGUGCGGGAAUUCCCAGUGCAGGAGGUGAAGAGCAUGCCUUCUUGGCUGUAGGAUCUAAGGAGGCCAACAGUGGGCCUCCAUUUAACUUUCCUGGUAAUUUUGGUGGGUCAAAUGCCUUUGGACCACCACUCCCUCCUCCAGGAUUAGGAGGGGCCUUUGGUGAUGCUAGGCCUGGAAUGCCUUCAGUUGGAAAUAGUGGUUUGCCUGGUCUAGGACUGGAUGUUCCAGGUUUUGGAGGUGGACCAAAUAAUUUAAGUGGACCAGGAUUUGGAGGGGGCCCUCAGAAUUUUGGAAAUGGCCCUGGUAGUUUAGGUGGCCCCCCUGGCUUUGGAAGCGGGCCCCCUGGCCUUGGAAAUGCCCCUGGGCAUUUGAGUGGGCCUCCAGCCUUUGGUCCUGGCCCUGGCCCUGGCCCUGGCCCAAUCCACAUUGGUGGUCCUCCUGGCUUUGGAUCUAGUUCUGGAAAACCAGGACCAACAAUAAUUAAAGUACAGAACAUGCCCUUCACUGUGUCUAUUGAUGAGAUUUUAGAUUUCUUUUACGGUUAUCAAGUGAUCCCAGGCUCAGUGUGUUUAAAGUACAAUGAAAAAGGUAUGCCCACCGGUGAAGCUAUGGUGGCUUUCGAAUCUCGGGAUGAAGCCACAGCUGCUGUCAUUGACUUAAAUGACAGACCUAUUGGCUCUAGGAAAGUAAAACUUGUAUUAGGGUAGCUGUUCACAUCAAUUCUUCAUAGGGUAGAUAUAGUCUUCAUAGUGCUGUGAUUAAUGCAUUCAGAUUGUUUUCCUAGUGUUUCCAGGUUAGAACCUGUGGAUUGUUUCAAUUGCAUAUAGAUUGGUUUCCAUAACAUAGAGUGUUGGUUGACUGUUUACAGACGACUCACUACCGAGAUAAACAUUGCUGUAUGUUAUAGUAAAGCUGUCUCGAGAGAACACAAAAAUGAUUUUGGCUUACCAUUAGAGAAACCAUUUGUAAAACUCAAAUGACCACAUAAAGCUUAUCAAGGAGUCUAGAUUGGUUUUUGUUUUAUACCUUAUGGAUGAAGAAGAUAGAAAUGUCAAUAGAGCUCAUUAAGGGUGCUCUUGCCAGCUGCUGAAAAAUAGAAGCUGGCUACUCUUGGAAUUUGGUUCAAAGCUGGACAGAUUUGCUUUGUUAUAGGGUCAAAGCAUUGUCUAAAGUUCUCGUUUUCUUUUAAAAUUGAAUAAAAUCUCUGUAUACAGAUUCACUGUAUGUACCUUUAUUGCUUCUUGAGGGUUCUUGCUGUAUAGACAGUCCUGCUUCUGAAGUUGCUGCUUUGUUUGCCUAAUUGACUCAUUUGUAAAUGAGCAGAAUUGCUUUGUUGUUGUUUUCUAUUAUAAAACUCCACACUUGAUUUGUGCUAUAACGUUGAACUUUUAAUUUCUAUUGUCACACUUAAAACUGUGUGCAAUAAGACAUUUGCCACAAAAGUAAAACACAGAGUCCUCUACCUACCAGAGCCUUUUUGGUUUGACCGCCGAGUUGUAGUUUAGUCAGUUUAAAAACCGUACCUGUUGUUUGGACGGCAUAAAAAAACAGAAAUCACUUUUGGUAAUCAUUGUUUAAGAUGCCUAAGUUGAAAUCCUGCCCAAGAUGGACUCUAAUGUUCUGGCAAUUUCCUUCUGUCCCAAAUUUAUAUGAAAUGACUUGUAAAACUAAACAAAAAAGGGUCCAUUCGUAAGAAAGCAUCAUUAUAUAUAGGUUUUUAAAAUUGAAGUUGAAAUUGUUAGUUUUGUUAACUCUUAAUAGUGUGAUAGGAAAAGAUCCAUAAACUAGCCCAUAGAUUGAUACAUACUUAAUCCUGUUACUUGGAGGCUUUUUGGUCUAGUUGUUUGAUCAGGAGCCUGUUUACAAAAAUUCUAAGGAGUACAAGUGCCGCUGCUAGAUGGGAGAGAAUUGAGACUCCUUGCCCUUUCAUACUUUGGCAUUCAGGACACCAAGGCAGGAGGACCACAUGGGUUCUGGUUGGUGAGUGUCCUUGUCAUGAAAACAUUUGCCUUACAACGUCAGACUCACUGCUGCAAAAGGCUCUACUUAUGGUUACUUUUCUUAAAAUGCUCUAAAGACGUGUCACAUAUAAACGGAAUGGGAGAUUGGUGAGAUAUCAUGAAAAACAAAUUUGUCUUUUACAUGGGCCUCUGUCUUGGUUUAAAACAUCCCCAACAUUUCCUACCAAUCAAUGUACUUAUAAAAGGGUCAGCCUUGUAAAAGAAGUAUUUUCUAUUUAAGAAAACUAGUGCCUUUUUGGUGUUGCAAUUCAGCAGAACGCUUAAAUACAGCGUCUCUUGUAAUUUAGAGUUAAGAGUGGCAACAGUUUCAUUUGUGUGGUAAGAUUUGGAAAGCCUUUUCAUCACUACAAUCUUAGAGGAUUGACAGUACAGGAUUUUUUGUUUAGGGAAAGGAUUAUUUAGACUUUCAAAGACGAAAUGGCUGUGUUGUGGGUCUUUUGGUAAUUCACAAAUACAAAUUUGCUUUGACAGAUCACUAGAUAAUUGCCUCCUCAACUAAAAAAGCAAUAUGUUUAUAUAUGCUGUUCAAUUUAAGUUUUCUGUUAAGUAAUCAUCUCUCAUUCCAAAGACAGAGUGCAAAAAACUUCAGCGCUGCUUGGGAAUCUUAUUUCAACUGCAGAUUAUUUUCCCAAUUGGAAAGCUAUUUUCAUUUUAGAAAAAUGGGUUGUUUGAAGAUGAAAGUUUUUAUUUUUCACAAUUUAUUUUGGUUAUGUGUUCAUAAAUUCUUAUUAAAUAUUUCAUAUACUUUAUUGCAACUACUUUGUUAUUCCUACAUUUUAGAUAAAUGCUAAAAAGGAAACUUGAUUUAAUUGUUCACCAAAUUAAAUAAAUUGAGAAAAUAGUGGUUUGUGUAGAAAUUGGAGAGAAUUGUGUUUUCAUAUUUGGUCAAAUCACAACAGUGCUUCUCUUGUUGUGAAAUGUAAUUAAAUACUUUGCCCUCUGGAACUUGA